UUCAACAUGAGCGAAAAGGAGGCAUUGCCGACAAAUGUCUGCAACAUGCAGCUGAAUGUGCCGCAUCCACAGCGUCCCAAGGUUCAGGCGAUUUGUGGCCCAGAUUAUAUGCCACGUAGCACCGAGUCGGAGGAGUCGACAGACAACGUGAUGACUCAAAAUGUGACCGUUAAGUUUUGCAUAUCGCCGGACAACUUCAUUGCUCAGGUCUAUCCUAACAGCAUGACCAUCAACGAGGUCAAACAGGAUAUAUCGCGCAGAUUUGAGGUGGAUCCGAUGCUGCUGCUUAUCAAGCAGGAUGGUCACCUGAUCUGCAAUACUGUGCCCAUUCAUUCCACCAUUGCGGAUGAGUUUGGCAUACACAAAUUUGACCUGGAGCUUGUCAUACCAGAAGUCGGCGAAUGCGAGGAGAUACCCCAAUUGAGUUUGCGCGUUUACUACGAAAAAUAUCGUUUGCCUGACUACGUGACUGUUCACAUAUCCGGCGAAGAUACGGAGGAUGGCCAGCCGAAGAAUAUUGUGGUCGAAAUCGAGAAUGCGGCCAUUGAAAAGCCCUUUCUGUCCGGCUACCAGGAUAAGGUAACCGGCAAAGAAUUCCUAGAUGCGUUUACUCAAACCGGACCCUACUUUGAUAAAUGGAAAUUUAAACGCUAUCGCACACGCGAUACCCAAACCCUGGAGCACAAAGAGAAGAUUUUGAACACAGCACAUGAGCAGUCGGUGCAAUGUUUUCUGGACGACAUCAACGUUAGAUACGUGGCAACGGCAGCAGAAGUCGAAAUCAUACCCGGAAAAUACCAAUCAUAUGCGCAAAUGGAACGCACCAAGCGUAAGCUCGAGAAGAUUCUAUUGAUACAGCGCAACUGGAGGCGCUGGAUACUCUGGAAAUAUAUACAUUUGUGUGCCCAGGAAUACAGGCGGCUGGUUAAAAAUCGCAUUGAUGAGGACGAACGUUACGAAAAGUGCGUGGAGCAGCGAGUGGAACGCAAAGAAAAGAUUAAACAGUUUCCAAGGACCGCUGAUGACUUCGAUUUGCUCUAUGCGGAGAUCUCGCGCUGGAAACGGGCUGAACUCAAGCGCAUUGCGGCCAACUAUGAGGGACCUGCCCGGAUAUCCGAGGUCAACAUUCUGCUGGACAAGGAGAUCAACUUGCUCAACGGUGUGGAAAGACAACGUCGACUCGUUUACCUGGCCAUGGAGGACUUUCGCAACGAUCAGCUGCUAAAGCAAAUGGGCAAGCCACUCGAAUGGAUUGGCUACAACGAUACCAAAAUCCAUUUGGACUUGUUGCGUACGCAACGCGUGCGGUUUCUCACUGAAAUCUAUAAGGAUUUACGUAAAACAAAAGAAAAACAGAAACGCUUGGAGCUGUUGAGUCGCGUCAUGGAGUUGGUUAUGGAAGAGACUUGCUUUCCAGGCUUCGUUGAGCUAUUCGAUCUGUUCGAUCGUGAAAAGAACUUGCUCCUGUAUACCAAGUCCUGCGACGUAGAAAUUCUUCGCAAACGCCAAAACAUAUUAUUCUUUGAGCUGAUUAAAUUUCAGAACAAUGACAGACCCAACAGGUUAUCCUCGCACAUGUGCAUCGUUUGUAAGAAUGUCAAGCCUUAUGCGCAGUUUGCAAUGCGUUCGCGCCAGAUUCACGUCGAUACUUGCAAGCGUUGCUUUUACCUUAAGAUGGUGGCCACAGAGAAUAAUGUUUAUCAAUCGAUUCUACGCUGUAUUCAGCGUGACGAGCGCAAACGCAAAUGCGCCUCAUCCUUCGCCUUUGUCAUACAGCAGGAAGAUGUGCGCCUUUUGAUAAAUAAAAUCUGGCACGGUCACUCGGCGCUGAGCAAAUCGGAGGAUAUAAAUGAAUUGCGUUUACCUCGCUGGAACAAAACCGAUGAUUGGUCGCCAUGGAACUGCAUUUGCCUGACAGAGCGUGAAACGCGCGAUCAUUACAAAAUCGAGGAGUUGGAAAAGGUUUACGAUUCCAAGUUCAUACUGCAUGUUCGCAAUAGUCAUAUGCUGGCACGCAAUCUAUUCCACACGCUGGCUGCUGUUGCCGUAGAGUUCCAGGAGACAGGAGCAUGGUGGAAGGUGGGCAUGAAUAAGCAGCGCAGCAGCCAAUUGAAUGCAGAAUAAUUUAGAAAGCACAAGAAAAAAAAAAACAGUUAAAUACUUUAU